UUAAGGAUACCCUGCCCAUUUCCUUCAAUCCUAUUCCUGCAUGUCGUCUUGCUCAAUUCACUGGAGAUUAUUUGAAAACGUUCCUGCAGGAUUAUUUUAGUAUUUCAUUUCUAAAUUCACGUACAAAAAUAAAGUUUAAUCUAGUAAAAGGAAGAAAAAAAAAGGGCUGUAUAUUGUUUUGGGUGGAAAAAAAAAUCCAAUGAUUGUUCUUUCUCUGGAGGCAGCAGUUUAUUCUUGUGCAUCCACAUUUAUCACCAUAAAUAACAAGAAUAUGAUAGGGUAAUGUAAUCUCCUUUAUGCAUUAGAUUAAAGUGGGUUUAACUUGAUUAAAGGAGAUAGGUUAUAUCAUUAUUACUCUCCUGAGUGCAUUUUAUGAAGACUCAAAGUGAUAUUAUUUAGGCUACUUGUAAACGCACUUAGAACACAAUGGUGAGUGUUAUCGUCGCCUUGAAGGAAAAAGGAGGCUGUAUUCAAAAAGUAGUUGGGUCAUACUUCUUGUAUUUCCGUGGCACUGCCCGGAUGCAGUCGCCAGGGUCUGCACGAUGCCGCGGACAUGUACCCUGGUUCUCGGGGUGAUGAGGUGGUCUGUGGACUGGCUGUGCAGCCUGCAGCCACAACCAGCAGCCAGGGAGGCACUGGGAAAGGGGGUGGGGGGUUGUUGAAGCCGACACCGUAUGUGGAGCCCAUCCCCUGUGCGUUCCCCCCAGCCCACACACACACACACACACACGCAAACACACACACACACACACACACACACUCGAGCGAACAAGUCGUCUUUAUUCGGGAGGUAGUGAGAGAGAUGACAGCGAGGAGAGACGCGACACGGCCGCUCAGGAAGCCGCCGGGAGCGGGGGACCGAGCCAAGGCUAACCCUGACCGCUUUUCUCCUUCCCCUCGACAGGAGCCGGAAAAAGGGCCGGCGUCCGCGGCAGGAAUCCAUGCCCAUGUGGUGGGGGCUGUCGCCGGCUCUGGGGCUGCGGACGAGUCCUCUGACAGCGACGCGGAGCAAGAAGGCCCCCAGAAACUCAUCCGGAAAGUGUCCACCUCAGGACAGAUCAGGAGCAAGACGAGCAUAAAGGAGGGAUUGUUGCUGAAACAGACCAGCUCCUUCCAGAGGUGGAAAAAACGCUACUUCAAACUGAGAGGCCGAACUCUCUACUACGCCAAAGAUGCCAAGUCCCUUAUCUUUGACGAGGUGGACCUGUCAGACGCCAGUGUUGCAGAGUCCAGCACAAAGAAUGUCAACAACAGCUUCACAGUGAUCACUCCGUUCCGUAGGCUCAUCCUCUGCGCCGAGAACAGGAAAGAGAUGGAGGACUGGAUCAGCUCGCUCAAGUCCGUCCAGUCCAGGGAGCACUACGAGACGGCACAGUUUAAUGUGGAACAUUUCUCAGGGAUGCACAACUGGUACGCCUGCUCCCAUGCACGGCCCACCUUCUGCAACGUCUGUAAAGAUAGUUUAUCUGGGGUCACGUCCCACGGCCUCUCCUGUGAAGUGUGCAAGUUCAAAGCGCACAAACGCUGUGCAGUCAGAGCCACUAACAACUGUAAAUGGACCACGCUGGCCUCCAUAGGGAAGGAUAUCAUCGAGGACGAGGACGGGAUCGCGAUGCCUCAUCAGUGGUUGGAAGGUAACCUGCCUGUCAGUGCCAAGUGUGCCGUGUGUGAUAAAACGUGCGGCAGUGUGCUGAGGCUGCAGGACUGGCGCUGCCUCUGGUGCAAAGCUAUGGUGCACACAGCCUGUAUGGAUCUGUACCCUCGAAAGUGUCCUCUCGGUCAGUGCAAAGUCUCCAUCAUCCCCCCCACCGCGCUCAACAGCAUCGACUCAGACGGCUUUUGGAAAGCCACCUGCCCCCCGUCCUGUGCCAGCCCCCUCCUCGUCUUUGUCAACUCCAAAAGUGGAGACAACCAGGGAGUGAAGUUCCUGCGACGCUUCAAGCAGCUCCUCAACCCGGCUCAGGUCUUUGACCUGGUCAACGGGGGACCUCAUCUCGGUCUGCGCCUCUUUCAGAAGUUUGAUAACUUCCGGAUCCUGGUGUGUGGAGGCGAUGGGAGUGUGGGCUGGGUCCUCUCGGAGAUCGACAAACUCAACCUUCAUAAACAGUGCCAGCUGGGGGUCUUGCCUCUGGGCACAGGGAACGACCUGGCCCGGGUGCUGGGAUGGGGCCCGUCCUGCGACGAUGACACCCAGCUACCACAGAUCCUGGAGAAGCUGGAGAGGGCCAGCACCAAGAUGUUGGACCGCUGGAGCAUCAUGACCUACGAGAUUAAGAUCCCACCCAAACACAGCUGCCCCACCACGCCUGAGGGAGCCGACGACUGCCAGCUUCACAUCGCAGCCUACGAAGACUCAGUGGCUGCUCACCUCACAAAGAUCCUAAACUCAGAUCAGCACUCUGUGGUCAUCUCCUCUGCCAAGAUCCUGUGUGAAACAGUGAAGGAUUUUGUUGCCAAAGUGGGGAAAGUGUACGAGAAAAGUACGGAGAACGUGGACGAGUGUGACACCAUGUCUCUCAAAUGUGCCAUCCUGAACGAGAAGAUGGACUCGCUCCUGCAGACCCUCAACACAGAGUGCCAGGCUCUGCCCCCGCUUCCACACUCCACCCCUCCUAUAGUGGAGGAGGAGCAGGAGGAGGAGGAGGAGGAGGAGGAGGACGAGGAAGAGGAGGAGGCCAGCGAGGAGAGCCUGACGGAGCUGAAGGAGAAGCUGGAGGAGGAGGAGACGGAGAAAGGGGGAGGAGGAGGACGCUCACAGCACCAGCUGUUCAAAAGCAGGGAGCAGCUGAUGCUCCGGGCCAACAGUCUGAAGAAAGCUGUGAGGCAGAUCAUCGAGCAGGCCGAGAGAGUGGUUGACGAGCAGAACUCGCACACGGACGACACCGAGCUGCCGUCUCCCAUCGAGUUCAGGAAGGACAGCGAGGAGGAGAAUCGAGACAACGAGAGGGACGAGGACACGAAGGAGCUCGAAGCACUGCCAUCUUCAAAGAGUCCCUGUUCUCUGACGGAGAGGAGGGUGAGCCGCAGCACACAGUCCUGCGGCUCUUUCACCAUCACCCCCUUCACCACCAGCAAGGAGAACCUGCCUGUGCUCAACACACGCAUCAUCUGCCCCGGUUUGCGAGCAGGUCUGGCUGCCUCCAUCGCCGGCAGCUCCAUCAUUAGCAAGAUGCUGCUCGCUAACAUCGACCCCUUUGGUGCCACGCCCUUCAUCGACCCCGACCUCGACUCACUAGAGGGCUACAUGGAGAAGUGCGUGAUGAACAACUACUUCGGCAUCGGCCUGGAUGCAAAGAUCUCGCUGGAGUUCAACAACAAGCGGGAGGAGCAUCCAGAGAAAUGCAGGAGUCGCACCAAGAACAUGAUGUGGUACGGGGUUCUGGGUACAAAGGAGCUUCUGCAGAGAACCUACAAGAACCUGGAGCAGAAGGUCCAGCUCGAGUGUGACGGUCAGUACAUCCCGCUGCCCAGCCUUCAGGGGAUCGCAGUGUUAAACAUUCCUAGCUACGCGGGCGGGACCAACUUCUGGGGCGGCACCAAGGAGGAUGAUAUCUUCUGCGCUCCUUCCUUCGAUGAUAAGAUCCUUGAGGUGGUGGCUGUGUUCGGGAGCAUGCAGAUGGCCGUGUCCAGAGUCAUCAAGCUGCAACACCACCGCAUAGCACAGUGUCGGACAGUGAAGAUCACCAUCCUAGGCGAUGAGGGAGUCCCCAUUCAGGUGGACGGGGAGGCCUGGAUCCAACCACCCGGCGUCAUCAAGAUCCAGCACAAGAACAGAGCGCAGAUGCUCACCAGAGACCGGGCGUUCGAGAACACGCUGAAGUCGUGGGAGGACAAGCUGAAGUAUGACAAGCCUCCUCUGCGGCCUCACCUCUACCCGCAGCAGUCCGUGGACCUGGCUACAGAGGAGGAGGCCGGCCUGGUGCAGAUGUGCGCCCGUGCUGCAGAGGAGCUCAUCACAAGGAUCUGUGAGGCUGCAAAGACCUACGGGCUGUUAGAGCAGGAGCUGGCUCAUGCUGUUAACGCUGCAUCCCACGCCAUCAACAAAACACAUCCCAAGUUCCCCGAGAAUCUGACCAGAAACACGGCUAUAGAGGUGGCGAGCACUGUGAAGGCUCUGUACAACGAGACCGAGUCCCUGCUGGUGGGCCGAGUCUCUCUGCAACUGGACCCCCCCGAGGAGGAGCAGCUAUCCAAUGCUCUGCAGAGUAUGGAGCUGGAACUGGGCAAACUGGGAGAGAUCCCCUGGCUCUAUCACAUCCUGCAGCCCAACGACGAGGAGGUUGACUGUGCUUAUGUACCAGGACCACUCUCUGGGUUACGGCAAGAGGAACAGUCGCAGCAGCAUGUUUCGCAUAGUGCCCAAGUUCAAGAAGGAGAAGGCGGCCAAGAAGACGAGCCCUCAGUCAGUGGAGAGAUGGGGCACAGAGGAAGUGGGCGUCUGGCUGGAACAGCUGAGUCUCGGGGAGUACAGAGACAACUUCAUCCGGCACGACAUCCGCGGCUCGGAGCUGCUGCACCUGGAGAGGAGGGACCUGAAGGAUCUGGGGAUAUCGAAAGUGGGUCAUAUGAAGAGAAUUCUCCAGGGAACUAAGGACCUGGCCAAGGCCUCCAUGGUUGAUCUCUAAUCCAGAUGCAGACGCAUUUGGAGAGGAGAAUCAGACUCCCCCCCCCCCCCCCCCCCCCCCCCCCCCCCCCCCCCUCACAUCAGUUUGGGAGCCCCAUGUGCAGUGAAGGAGACGACGAGAGCUGGAAAUGAACGGCUCUGCUGACGCUCAUUUGUUCUUUGGUGCCAAAACGACUGUUUGAAGAAAGCCGACGGAAGUGCAAAAGGAAGUCAUGGAUCUUCACAACAAACAAAAAAAAAGAAGCCAUUUCUGAGUCAAUAACCAUUCAUAGCACACAAUCAGGUAUGCAACCAACUACACUGUUGACUCGACUGAGUUGUGAUCACAAACCAGUAGCAAACCAGGACUUCCAUGAGUGUGGGGUUAGCGUGUAGAGAG